GACAUUCCCAGAUUCGUAGGAGAACUUUUUUAAUUUUCGACAUGGUUGAUCUCGUCAAUAAGUCCACGACAGGAGGGAUUGUUUAUUAAAGAAAUUGCAUAAUCUCUCCAAACUGUCGAGCGAUGGUAUAAGCUGUACGAAAGAGGUGAUUUCGAUUUCGAGAACCAUCCGCUGCCGAAACUGGCUGUCGUCGCAAAAUUCAUUAGAGAAGACUCGAAUCACAUAAUCACAUAGAAGAUGAGCACAAGUUCAUAUCCUGGAAUGGCGCAGUCAUUCACAAUGUCCCACGGUACAAAUAUGAGCACGGUAGCUGGAAUGAGGCAAGAUGCAAUGAGUAUGAGCGCAGAGGACGAGUGGUACAACAAAAGCUUAUCCGCCCUAAGGAUGAACACGUCGCAUCACCCCAACCUCGCAGCCCCAAUGUUGCAAUACCAAACGUAAUAGACGGCAGGAGUCGUCAACUAUUCGUACUCAAUAACCUCGAACUCGCAUCACAAUGUACAGAACGCCCAGUAGGUUCUAUAAGGUUAAGCUUUGUAAACGUAGUGAUAUUCGAUUUCCAGGAAAAUGCAUCACGUUUAAACCACAAUACCGAAAUAAAUUUCUGGGCAUACUAAUUGAUACCCGAGAAAGGUUAUAGGCAUGGUUUUAUCCACGAACUCAUCGUAGACUUUUUAAUAAUUUGACACAGAAAGUACCAAAAUCUCCAUCAUUAGCGUCAAGUCGGCAACAGCGCGGCAUGCCAUAUUGACAUUAGAUCAGUACAUAGACAACCGAAUUGGUCGCUUGAGCGGGUAAAACCGCGGUCCAGAAAGCUAGUAGUGUUUCAAAUUCACCUCUCGCCAAUAAGAUUUCGAAAACGGCAAGAGAGACGGAGCUUUUUAAAUGGAGUGAAAAUUGCGCUCUUAUGCGAGUAAGAAAAGAGCAGUUAAAAGG